AUGAUGAGAACAUUUUGGUCGAGAGCUCCUCAAGCUCUGGUUGACCCUUUGGUCGAGCAAGUGACUAAUGCGGAGUUUAGGACUGCUUUUCAAGUUUUGGCUCAAGCCGUGAUGGCCCAAGCCAAUAGGGAGGUUAUGGCCCCCGUGAACCCAAAUGGCAAGGAUGAGCAAGUUCGUUUCGGGUGUGUCCGAAUUGGUGGUGAAAGAAGGUAUGCUCCUUCUAUAGUUUCCGACGCUAGGGCAAGGAUGAGCAAGUUCAUUUCGGGUGUGUCCGAAUUGGUGGUGAAAGAAUGUCAUACAACUAUGCUUGUCCAUGACAUGGAUAUUUCUCAUCUCAUGGUUCAUGCCCAAAAGAUUGAAGAGAAGAAACUUAAGCAGAGAUCUAGGGAGACAAGAGGGCUAGAACCGGUGAUGGUUUCAACAAAGGUUUUUCGGCAAAGUUCCUCAAAUGCUCCUAAGUUCAACAAAGAGAGGGUGUCUAACCCUAAAUCUCAAGGAGGUGAUAGUGGGUCUUUAUUGCCUACUUGCGCUAAGUGUGGAAUAAAGCAUGAAGGUAAAUGUCUAGCGGGUUCCAGUGCUUGUUUUGGUUGUGGUAAGAUGGACCAAAAGAUCAGUUAUUGUCCUUCAGUUGCUAAGAAUGAGGGAGAUAGUCGUAGGGCUCAACCCAAUCCUUCAUCCUAUCCAAGUGGUCUGGGUUCUAAUGUUCCCAAGCAAAAUAGGUUAUAUGCACUUCAGACUCGUGGUGAGCAAGAAGGUUUUCCCGAUGUGGUUACCGUUAGGGUGAGGGAUAUGGAUUCUGAAACCCGUACUCUUGAGUCGGUCCCCGUUGUUAAUGAGUUUCUGGAAGUGUUCCCAGAUGAUUUACCUAGUAUUCCUCCUGAAAGAAAGGCAAAUGUGGUGGAGGAUGCUCUUAACCGACUAUCAAUGGGUAGUGUUGCCCAUAUAGAAGAGGAAUCAUCUUUUGUGACGGAUGUGAAAGCUAAGAAAUGUCUUGAUCUGACCUUAGUAGAAUUGAAAGAAGCAGUGCUUAGAAAGUCCGCAGAGGCUUUCUCUCAAGGUGGAGAUGGUGUGCUUCGUUAUCAAGGUCAUUUGUGCGUCCCUGAUGUAGAUGACUUUAGGGAAUAA